UUCCCACUCCAAUCACCAAUGCCUCCCAGGAAGAAGAAGCCCAAUCUACAGCCUUCCAAGUUCGGCAUUCAGCACUUCUUCGAUCGCGCUUCUCAGAAGCACUCGCAGUCCCAGCCGCAGCCACCACCCACCGCCGCCACCGCCACCGCCACCACCGCCACCAGCAAUGCAGAAGCAGAACCCAACGACGUGUCUCCGCAGACGCGCUUCAAAUUCUCACCUGGAAUGUUGGUGCGGCAGAGCCAGGACGACGGCGCCGACGAGGUCACGUGGAAGAUAUCUCCCGUCAACGAGAGGCUCCAAGCGGUGUCGAAGCACACGCCGGAAGUCAUUCAAGCCUUGGCGGCGGGCUCUUCCAAAUUCAAAUUUUCCCCAAUUCGCACCGACAAGGAGACUUGUCUCAAUAGGGUUACUUCGCCCAUUCCCAAGGUGCCAUUGAGCUUCAAAAGGAGAAAGCCAGCCCCCGAUGAUGUGAGUGGACAGAGUCCCUUCAGAACUCCGCCGUCCUUGUCUUGUCGCCCUGACAAGGUGCAGCUUGCCAAGGAUGUUGAACGUAGCGGACCGGGUGACCAGCUUUUUUUAAGACAGAACAAGAAGGCGUUGCUUGAACUGUUAGAUCAAGUUGAAGAUGCCAUUGGUGAUGAUGAUGAUUCAGUUUCUAAUAACAACACUUAUUCCUUCAAACCUCAAGAUCAAAUUGCAAAUGAGCUCCCUGUCAGAGUCAACCCUGCAGUAGAAAGGACCACAUCACAUAUACCUAAAGAGGUCUUUGAUGUCUCGUCCAAUUCUAAUUAUUUGGUGUUGGAGGUAUCUGAAAAACAUAGGUCUGCUGAUUCAUUUGGUGCUCAAUGCUCAUACAAGGUGCUUCGUUUGCUAAACGAACAAACUGGGGAAGAGAGGGCUGUAAACUUACAGGAUGAGUGGUCUUAUAGUGUAAUUGCACCUGGAGAUACUGUGCACAUAAUUGGUCAAUUCGAUGAAGGGGGAAAUUGUGAUAUUGGUCAUGAUAAUAACUUUUUGAUUGUACAGCCAGAUAUUCUAGUGUCUGGAACACGGGUUGCUGGCAGUUUUAGUUGCCCAAGGAGAACUGUCUUAGAUGAGAGGCUAAAAUACAAUGAUUACUCAAUUGCGGCAUUAACGGGAACCAUGCUGCACCAAAUUUUUCAGGCUGGGCUUACAAAUGACAAUCCUACGGUAAAUUUCAUGGAAGAUUAUGCCGAAGUGGUGUUAAAGAGAAACGUUGAAAGUUUGUAUGCAUGUGGAGUAAAUGAAAAUGAUGUUCGCAAAACCUUGAGUGAUGCUAUCCCUAGAAUAUUAAGUUGGAUCAUGCAGUUCAAAAAUAUUGAGGAAAGAGAAGAUCCCAGUGUCAAUUUUGGAUUUGAUGAUGGGCCAAAGAAUGUUAGCAUAUCUGAGGUAAUUGAUAUUGAAGAGAUGGCAUGGACUCCAAAAUAUGGUUUGAAAGGGAUGAUUGAUGCUUCGGUCAGAGUGAAAAUUCAAUCACAAACAGAUGAACCGCAGGAAAAGAUCAUGCCAAUAGAGUUCAAAACCGGAAAAACACCUAACAACCAGUCAUCAGUAGAACACAGAGCCCAAGUAAUGUUGUACACUCUCCUGAUGUCUGAAAGGUACCAGAAAACUGUUGAUUCUGGUCUUCUAUAUUAUCUCCAAUCUGAUCUGACACAGGGCAUUGAGGUUCAAAGAUCUGACUUAACUGGGCUAUUAAUGCGACGGAAUGAACUAGCAAGUGAUAUUCUUAAGGCAUUAAUUUUGCAACAACUGCCUCCAAUGUUACAGAGUCCUAGCAUUUGCAGAGGUUGUCGCCAUCUUAAUGUGUGUAGCAUUUAUCAUAAGGCACAUGGUGGAAGCACUGGGAGCAGUGGAUUGGGAGAAGUUUUUGAUUCUCUUACCAACCACAUGACAUCUUCGCAUUCUAAGUUCCUCAGCCAUUGGGAUCGUUUGAUUGACUUAGAAGCUAAAGAAACUGAGCUUUUAAAGAAAGAGGUGUGGCAAUCACAAAGUUUAAAAAGUCCAAACGGUGGUGGCCUUUCUUCUAUUGUUCUUGAUGCUUCACAAAGAAUACCUCCUCAGAAAUCCCUUAAAGAUAAUCAUUUCAUUUAUCGUUUUGUACAACAAGAUUCUACCUCCAGCCUUUCUGAAAUAUCUGAUGCCUCUUCUAGUGCCUCGUUGAAAAAUGAUUUAGAUUUCACACUUCGAAGUGGGGAUCAUGUGAUACUGAGUAAUCAAUCUACCCAUCAAAUGAUUGCAAAAGGGGUGAUAUCUGAUAUUAGUCCGAUCCAUGUAUCUGUUUCCUUUUCUAAGCGUUUACGAAUUCCUGGGAGUUCUUCCACUGCACAUGAUCUUAUUCAGCAGGUUUGGAGAAUUGUAAAGGACGAAGCUGUGACUUCAUUUGCAAUUAUGAGGUUUAAUCUUGUACAACUUUUUCUACAAAAUGAUCGAAGUGCUCAUCUGCGGAGGAUGAUUGUUGACCUUGAGGCUCCUAGAUUUGACACUGGAUCUGUACUUAGCCAGGAUCCAGCAAUAUCCUAUGUUUGGUCAGAGAAGAGUUUGAAUGAUGACCAACGUAGAGCAAUUGUUAAGAUACUUACGGCAAAAGAUUAUGCACUUAUAUUAGGGAUGCCUGGAACAGGGAAAACAUCCACAUUGGUCCAUGCUGUGAAAGCCUUGUUGAUUAGAGGGGCAUCCAUUUUGCUAACUGCCUAUACAAAUUCUGCUGUUGAUAAUUUGCUCAUCAAAUUAAAAGCACAGGGGAUUGAUUUUAUACGAAUUGGAAGGCAUGAAGUAGUGAAUGAAGAGGUCAGAGGACACUGCCUUUCAGCAACGAAUGUACAAGGUGUUGAAGAUAUCAAAAUAAGGUUGGAACAAGUCAAAGUUGUUGCAGUUACUUGUCUGGGCAUUUGUAGUCCCUUGCUUGCCAAUGUGAGGUUUGAUGUAUGCAUUAUGGAUGAAGCUGGACAGACAACUCUACCAGUUUCUUUGGGCCCUCUAACACUUGCUUCGAGGUUUGUACUUGUUGGGGAUCAUUAUCAAUUGCCACCAAUUGUCCAGAGUGCAGAGGCCCGAGAGAAUGGCAUGGGGAUAAGUUUGUUCUGUAGUCUCUCAGAAGCACAUCCACAGGCUAUUUUAGCUUUACAGAGUCAGUAUCGUAUGUGUCAGGGCAUUAUGGACCUUUCAAAUGCAUUGAUAUAUGGUGACAGAUUGAGGUGUGGUUCAUUUGAGGUAGCUAAUGCAAAACUUGAGUUUUCAGGCUUAAGCUGUGGUUUGCCUUGGCUAGAAGAUGUUUUGAAUCCUCGAAGACCUGUGAUAUUUAUUGAUACUGACAAUUUGCCUGCUUUAGAGGCAAGAGAUCAGAAGGCUGUAAAUAACCCUAUUGAAGCUCACAUAAUUGCCGAGGUUGCAAAGGAAUUGGUAAAAAAUGGAAUCGGAACAGAACGCAUUGGCGUUAUUACUCCCUAUAAUUUACAGGCAAACCUCAUCCGGCAUGCUGCUUGCAUGACUUCCUUGGAGAUACAUACCAUUGACAAAUACCAGGGUAGAGAUAAGGACUGUAUAUUGGUAUCUUUUGUAAGGUCUAGCGAAAACCCGACAAGCUGUGCUGCUUCCCUGCUUGGAGACUGGCACAGGAUAAAUGUGGCUCUUACACGUGCUAAGAGAAAGUUGAUCAUGGUAGGUUCUCGGAGAACUCUAUCAAAGGUUCCUCUACUGAAACUUCUUGUUAAGAAGGUUGAGGAGCAAUCUGGAAUUUUAAGUGUGUCUAAGAAGGAUAUCUAUCGAAAAGGUGAGCUCAAGAGAUGUUCCCAAAUUAGAUGAUUGAAAAUAUUUUUACCCGUAUUUUUAUGGGUUAUUGUAUCAUCAUACAAAUCGCAUGUAUGAUGUGAUUGAUUAGGAAAUGUAAAUCUAUACUAUAUAAAAGGAUUUUUUUUUCACUUUUCUUUUUUAAUUUUUGCUUUUCCGAAAUUAAUAGUAUUGGUUACAAGUUGAAUAAUGUAACGAAGUGUAAAAUAGAGAAAGAUAAACAUUAAGUAAUAAUUUUUAUAUAUUUAAUUGUAGUUUUCA